GGUGGUAAACUCCUCUCCUCUUUAAAUUCUGUGUUUUAUCCUCAUUUCCUGCUGAUUCUGCUCUCCAAACUCAGCCCAUUUGGCAGCCCAGUAGAAUUACCCUGUGGGACAGGGUCCAAGGAAGCUCUCCGGAAGCCUCCACUCUGGGCCACCAAGAUGCACCAGCUGUACCUCUCUGCAGUUCUCCUUGUCCUCAUGGCCAGCACCCAGGGGAAAGAGACAAGUACGCCUUCCCAAGCCCCUCCACCUGAUUUCUGCCUGCAGCUGCCCAACACAGGUCCCUGCAAGGGUCUGUUUACCAGAUACUUCUUCAACCCCAAAUCUGGGCUGUGUGAGACCUUUGUAUAUGGUGGCUGUGGAGGAAACCUGAACCGUUUCCAGGACCAGGAGGAAUGUUUGCAGACCUGUGGACAGCAGCUCACAUCCUUGGGCACAGUUGAAGCUGCUCCAUCUGAUUUCUGCCUGCAGCCACCCAACACAGGUCCCUGCAAGGGUCGGUUUACCAGAUACUUCUUCAACCCCAAAUCUGGGCUGUGUGAGACCUUUGUAUAUGGUGGCUGUGGAGGAAACCUGAACCGCUUCCAGGACCAGGAGGAAUGUGUGCAGACCUGUGGACAGCAGCUCAAAUCCUUGGGCACAGUUGAAGCUGCUCCACCUGAUUUCUGCCUGCAGCCUCCCAACACAGGUCCCUGCAAGGGUCGGUUUACCAGAUACUUCUUCAACCCCAAAUCUGGGCUGUGUGAGACCUUUGUAUAUGGUGGCUGUGGAGGAAACCUGAACCGUUUCCAGGACCAGGAGGAAUGUGUGCAGACCUGUGGACAGCAGCUCAAAUCCUUGGGCACAGUUGAAGCUGCUCCAUCUGAUUUCUGCCUGCAGCCACCCAACACAGGUCCCUGCAAGGGUCGGUUUACCAGAUACUUCUUCAACCCCAAAUCUGGGCUGUGUGAGACCUUUGUAUAUGGUGGCUGUGGAGGAAACCUGAACCGCUUCCAGGACCAGGAGGAAUGUGUGCAGACCUGUGGACAGCAGCUCAAAUCCUUGGGCACAGUUGAAGCCGCUCCAUCUGAUUUCUGCCUGCAGCCGCCCAACACAGGUCCCUGCAAGGGUCGGUUUACCAGAUACUUCUUCAACCCCAAAUCUGGGCUGUGUGAGACCUUUGCAUAUGGUGGCUGUGGAGGAAACCUGAACCGCUUCCAGGACCAGGAGGAAUGUUUGCAGACCUGUGGACAGCAGCUCACAUCCUUGGGCACAGUCGAAGCCGCUCCAUCUGAUUUCUGCCUGCAGCCACCCAACACAGGCCCCUGCAAGGGUCUGUUUACCAGAUACUUCUUCAACCCCAAAUCUGGGCUGUGUGAGACCUUUGUAUAUGGUGGCUGUGGAGGAAACCUGAACCGUUUCCAGGACCAGGAGGAAUGUUUGCAGACCUGUGGACAGCAGCUCACAUCCUUGGGCACAGUUGAAGCCGCUCCAUCUGAUUUCUGCCUGCAGCCCCCCAACAGAGGUCCCUGCAAGGGUCGGUUUACCAGAUACUUCUUCAACCCCAAAUCUGGGCUGUGUGAGACCUUUGCAUAUGGUGGCUGUGGAGGAAACCUGAACCGUUUCUCGACCCAGGAGGAAUGUGUCCAGAUCUGUGGACAGCAGCUCACGUCUUUGGAUAUGCUGGUACCUGCAUUUCCUGGGCAUGCUUAAGUCUGAGACUCCCUCAAGAGCACUACAAUCAUUUUCCAAUGGCAAUAAAUACCCUUCUGGAAGAGUGGUUCUUCUGCUAAGUUCAUCACUUUCCCAGCCGAUCCUGCCUUCUUCUACCCACACUUUACUUGUUUAAGCACUGUUUAGCACUUCUUAAGCACCUGCAGAACAAGAAAUAUAUGUCUUUUUUUUGUCAUCACUUUGUCCUCAUUAAAUACCAAUUUUC